UGCUCUGUCAGGAGUCUUCUGCCCAAGGCGUGUCUGAACACAUUCAGGGCUGUGCGGGCACUGCUGUCCAAGCCUGAAAACUGCCAGCUGAGUCUGAGCUACAGUGACAAGGCCAGUGCCCUGCUUCGAGACAGCCUCAACCUAGGACCACACUGUCACAGCUCCAGUUUAGACAAGGUUGUCCAGUUGCUCUUGUGCGAUCUUUUGUUGGUGAUGAGGACCAACGUGUGGCGCCUGCAGCAACAGGGGGCCAGUCCUGCCGGGUCAGGGUUGGUGAGUAGCAGCGGCCCCCCAGGGGUCCACCAGGCCUCCCCACCGGAGCUUCAAGGCUUUCAGCAGGAUCUCAGCUCCCUACGCAAGCUGGCACACAGCUUCAGGCCUGCAAUGCGAAGAUUGUUUCUUCAUGAAGCCACUGCCAGGCUGAUGGCAGGGGCCAGUCCCACCCGCACACAUCAGCUCUUGGAUCGCUCGCUGCGACGCAGGGCAACACCCGGAGCCAAGACAGAGGAGUGUGAGACGCGGCCAGGCCAGCGGGAGCAGGCAGAGGCUGUAAUGUUGGCAUGCCGCUACCUUCCUCCCUCCUUUCUGUCGGCUCCUGGCCAAAGGGUGGGCAUGCUGGCGGAUGCAGCUCGCACCCUGGAGAAGCUGGGGGACAAGAGGACCCUCCAGGACUGCCAGCAAAUGAUCAUCAAGCUGGGCAGCGGCACCACCGUCACCAACAGCUAGAGAGAUUUUGGGGCGGGUGCUGAGAGACAUGCAUGGACAUUGUGUAUAUAGAAACAUCUCUGAAAGACAAAAAUGCACACAGACAGAAAAGAAGCUAUUAAACGGAUUCAUUAAACUAUCCAGAUUUACAUCAAACUGACAGGAUUUUCUUCCUGUACUGUCCUUCCCAUCACCCCAACCCCACAUCAGGAAGCACUUGUAGAGCUCACACUAUUGUUGCUAUGGUUUAUAACCAGAAUAAAGUAAGCAUUUUUUCUCACUCUUUACCAGCUGAAUCCCCUUGGAGAAUGUGUUGCAGUGACAUAGUUUCUCCACAGAGAGGAGCCGUGUGCGUGGGUGUGCGUGGGCGUGCGUGCGUGUGUGUGUGAGAGAUGACAGAGCUUUUAGCCCCGCAUUUAUUGAGUAUAGUUCCACGCUCGAUCUUUGUGACAUAGAUGCACUUUCUAUAGGCCGGAGUGCUCAGUGGGUUGGAGUGGCGGGCUGCCCUGAUUGGCUGCAGAGUUCGUAGGAGGAUAAGGACCCAAGUCGGAUUGGUCCAACCGUGGGCUCGUUCAGUGGGAAGCGUUUCCGCAGGUUGUUCAGAUAGUGUUAAAGUUGAUUUGAAUCAUGAUUUAGUGGUGAUAAUGUAAGGAGAGGUGACACACUGUACAGCUCUGUGUGUCUAUCUGCACUAGCCCCGUGAGGGUGAUUUCAAAGAGAUAAGUAAUAAGAUGGCUUUUGAAGUUAUUUUCAUAGAGGUCAUUUUUUAUUUUGCUGUGUACAUGUUUUAAAAUUUAUUUAUAAUCUUUAUGGACUUUGAUUAAGCAGUAUUUUUAAAUUGUUUUGCUCCCCCAAAAACCUGGUCUAUGUGGUAGCGUUUGGCCAGGUCCAAAUAUUGUUACUGUACUGUGUUGCCAUGGUGAUGAAUUUCAAAAUGGAGACAGUUUCAAGGUGUUUGCGUCACAUCGUCUGACUCAGUUGACCUUUUGCACUGUUGCACACGUAUGUAACUAUGAUAACAAGAUAAAUUGGCAGUGUCCAAUUCUGGCAUCACCAACAGACAACUCAGACCUUAACCUGAACCUUUGGCACUUUUGUACCUCCAACAUAAAGACCAAUGCUCUUUCAGUCAUUAUAGUUUCAUGCUCAUAGAGAACUACCAUUUAUUGAUUUGUAGAGGACUGUGAAAAAAAGUCUUGUUGAAAAAAGAGUUUUUGUCCCAGAGUCAGUACUUUUUUUUUUUUUUGUGUCACUAAUGUGAAAGACGUUGGAUUGAGACGAGUGAGACGCAGCCAAGUCUAAAGGUAUUAUUCGUGUGUCCCUUAACUGACCUCAUCUCUUUCUCGUUCUUUGGUUAUAUCCUUUUAUGAUGUAAAUAUUAAAGCAUUUUGUAAACAA